AUGUCGACUUCAGUCGCCGUGCCCAUCGCCAUCAACCGCUCCUCGCCCUCGCGCUCGCCGCGAGCGGGCAGCCGCAAGGCUGCAGAGCUCUUCCGAAACAACAGUGCCGCCGGCGUCGUCGUCGAUCCGCUGCCGGUCUCGAGCUCGCCCAAACAGGUCAACCAGUCCAGGCACGGACGCCGAGCCAGCCGCAUCGAAGUCCUCACCGAGCUCCUCCUGCCCGGACCCGCCUACAACGCUUCCCGCUUCGGCGAAGGCUCCAUCGAUGCAGAGCAGCGGCAGCGCGGCGUCGAACCGGGCAUCAUGCCCGUCGAUGGCAAACGUGCAGAGGCCCUCCGUACCGCGCUCAGGUCGAUCACCGCCAAGGGCUUCCUCGACGAAUGCCCGACGGCCACUCGACCCCUCGCUGUCCUCCCCGCCAAUGCCGACGUAGAUAUGGCCUGCCAAGAGCUGGCAAAGGAGCCAGGUCGUGCCACGCCUCUUCUCCUCCAAGGAUCAACGCAACGUCCCGGUGCCUCGGCCGACGAGGCAGGAGGCGGAAUCAGCGGCUCUCGGGUCGAAGGCUACGGCAGCCUGCUCAACCUAGAAGACGUGCACAGCUUCCUGUGCCUCCUCUUUUGCCCCUCGCCAAGCAAGGAGACUGCCGGCAGAGCUUCUUGGCUCACCUCGCCCCCCUCCUCCCCCGGCGCAGGUAGAGGACGGCCUCUGUAUCCCGUCGGCCCACUUUCGAAGCAGGCCGCAGAGAUCGCCGCCCUGAUCAAGGCCAACAAGAAAGUGCCCGCAGCUCUCAUUGCCAACCUGAGCGGCUCAAACAAGCUGCGCGCUGUACCGCCCAGCAGCACCCUAGAAGAGGUCCUGACUCGCCUCAUCGAGCCCGGGGUCAGCCACGUGGUGGUCACCAGGACAGCGCGAGAUGAUGCCAGCGCCGGCGAAAAGGGUUCGGGCGCUCUGGACACCGCAGACAUGCCGCUCGGCCUCAUCAGUCGAACCGACCUGCUCGACUUCCUAUCUCGAGAGGCCAAGAGGGACGAGGCUUUGGCCGCGGUGCUGGCCGAGAGGUUGGAUGAGCUCUCUUCGCUCAGCUUCACCAGCCCAGCCACUCCGAUCAGCAGCGACAAGUCGGUGCUGGAUGCCAUGACGCUGAUGCACGCCGAAGCCCUCGACAGCCUGGCGAUCCUCGACGCGCGCGGCGUCCUCCUCUCGCCCCUUUCGUCGGCCGAGCUGGCGUUCGAAGUGAUCCGGGCCGACAGCCGAAAGAUUCUCAACACGCCGCUGGCCACGCUGGUCAAGACGCUGCGCUCGAGGCGACCCGAAGGUACCGACGGCAAGGACACCCACCCGGCCGUCAGCAUCAGCCUCAGUUCGCAGCUAUCGCGGGCCGUGUCGCUGAUGCAAACCACGUCGGCAAAGGGCAUCUUUGUCCUCGACGACUUGAUCCCGGCCAUGACGCCGCCGCUCUCGACCAUCUCGCCGUCGUCGCCCACCAAGGAGCAGAGCCCAUGGCACUUUGGCAUCGUCGACGUCAAGGGAAGCGGCGGCAAAGCUACAGCCGUCCAAGACGAUGAGAGUGCGGGCAGCCAAGGUCAAGGCUAUGGCUCGGCGUCGAAGCCGGUCAACCAUCGACGAUCAAGCACCUCGUUCUGGACGGCGCCUCGCAGCAGGGGACCGGGCUCGAGCUCGAGCGGAGCUAGCGGCACCUCGCUGUCCAAGGUGUUUGCUUCGACGGCUGGUGAGGGCGCCGACCCGCUAGCGGUACCUGCUCGGGCGAACCAGCAGUCGAGGUCGCCCUCGAGCUCGGUGCUGGCCAGCUCCUUUUCGUCGGCCGCAUCUCCGCCCAUCUCUGCCGCAGUUGGUGGGCCGGGCUUUGUGCGGUGCCACCGACCUCGAUCGAUGUCGCUCGCGCAAGGAAUCGUUCCUCCCGAAGUCGCCGCCGCUCGACGCGACAGUGGUUCCCGGGUCAGCGCCAACGCACUCUCGGGUCCCGAAGGAGCUCUGGGGCUGUCGAGGUCCUCGAGCCUCUCGGUCUCGACGUCUUCGUCGUCGACGUCGUCGCUCCGGGGCGGAUCGGAGGGCGCGACUGGUACGAUCCUCGCCGCCUCGCCGAGGGAAGGCGCUGCGGUCGGUGCCAGCGCGCCGCUCUUGUCGGCACACAACCCCGUUCCCGGCAGCGGCUGGGCGGUCGUGUAUGCUGAGGCGUCGAGCCUGGCGCCCGUCCGCUUCCACCUGAGCGCCGGCGCCAUUCUGGCCUUCAUCGCCCGCUGCGCCGCGCUGCAGCAGCCUUGA